GGGCUUCCGCAUGCCUCACAGACGCGCAGGGAGAUCGAGAUCCACUGUCAUCUGAAUACUGCCACCAUGGAAUGAACAAACGUAUCAACAAGUAUGUCAGAUUACUUUCAAUUGUUAGCCAGGCUCAACACGUGACUUGAGGUUGAAUGGCGGUGAGGAGGUCAACUUGCCACGAUAUGAGGGCCAAAUGCAAAUUCUUUGAGGGAGUCAAAAUAGCGGUGCCAGUAUGGUGAUCAAAGUAUGCUAUUAGAUGUCAAUUAUUAGUGAGCAGAAAUUCCCAUGAAUAGAACAGAAUUGUGCUUUAUUUAUGUUGUAAUAUGUUGGACUUUUUUUCAAAACCCUCUUCUCCUUUCUCCAUCAUGUGUAAUUGCCUUUUGUCCGAAGGAUAUGCGGGUUUAAAAGGAGCCUGUCAUUAAAUGCUGAAUACUUUUUCUGAGUAAAAAUUUGACAAAUAGUGUUCUCCGUUUGAUGUCAGUAAGUUCUACAGGAAGCAAGAGAAGCAAAAUUCGACAAAUAGUGUUCCGUGUAACUCCUAUGAGAAGUGAAAGUAGCCACAAUUUAAAUAUUUGUAAUACAGUAUUGCAAUGUGUUAAAACCUAGUCAAUCUUAUGUAAAAAUGUUUAACACUUAAACAAGUUCAGCAUGUUUGGUGAGAGAGGUGUUGGAUUCUUGAAAUGAAAUCAGGUAAGAGAGACCUGCUCACGAUGGAGCUGAAAGGAUCCGUCACGUUCCCGCAAGAUGGGCCACUGCCCCGACGCAGCCGGGGUUCCAGCUCUGGUCUGCACUAUGGCUCAUUUGUGAACAGUCUUUCUUCACUUACACCCAAACUGGACGACAGACCUGCCAUAUCACGUCGGCGAGCCCACGUCGCAGUGGCUGUGCUCUGCUAUGUCAACUUACUCAACUACAUGGAACGAUACACAAUUGCAGGCAUACUCCUAAAUUUACAGACGUUCUUUGAUAUAAAUGACAGUACAGCUGGACUUCUUCAGACAGUUUUUAUCUGCAGCUUCCUCGUGAUGGCCCCUCUCUUCGGUUACCUUGGCGACCGCUACAACCGAGUACACAUCAUGGCGGCGGGUUUGAUUAUGUGGCUGGUGACCGCCACUGGCAGCUCUUUUGUUACCAAGUCGUACUUUUGGCUUUUGGUGCUGUUACGAGGCCUGGUCGGGGUAGGGGAGGCGAGCUACUCCACUAUCGCUCCCACCAUUAUCGGGGACCUUUUCACUGGGGGACAACGGACCGUCAUGAUUGCUGCUUUCUACAUCUUUAUCCCUGUUGGGAGUGGUCUUGGCUAUAUAACAGGGUCAUCAAUAGCCAGCCUGACUGGUAACUGGAACUGGUCUCUCAGGAUAACUCCCAUUUUCGGUCUUGUUGGGUUGAUUUUAGUGGUGCUCUUAUGCCCAAACCCACCCAGAGGUGCUGCAGAAAACAACCAACAUGGUGUUAACGAGCAGAGCUCUUACUUGGAGGACAUCAAGUAUCUUCUGCAAAAUAAAAGUUACAUAUGGUCAAGUCUGGGUGUGACGGCAAUGGCCUUCCUUACUGGAGCCUUGGCUUUCUGGAUGCCUACUUUUCUGUUCAGAGCUCAGGUGUCUCAGGGCCUUCAACCACCAUGCACUCAAGGGUCCUGCAACUACAGAGACAGUUUUAUUUUUGGCGCCAUCACAGUGGUCUCUGGCGUUCUCGGAGUGUGUCUCGGCACUGGUUUGGCCAGACGGUUGCGGGACAAAAUACCCAAUGCAGAUCCACUCAUCUGCGCUGGAGGCAUGCUGGGAUCCGUCCCGUGCCUCUGCAUCAGCAUCUUCGUGGCAACGGCAAGCAUUCCGGCCACUUAUGUCUUCGUUUUCAUAGCUGAGUUCCUAUUAUCGCUCAACUGGUCCCUUCUGGCUGAUAUGCUACUGUAUGUCGUUGUGCCCACCAGAAGGGCCACAGCCGAGGCUCUCCAGAUCACAGUCUGCCACCUUCUCGGGGAUGCCGGGAGUCCGUAUCUAAUAGGAGCGAUAUCUGACGCAAUACAGAAAUCCAAGCCUCCAUCAACAGACUGGAGCUUCCCUAGUCUUCAGUACAGCUUCCUGAUCUGCCCUUUUGUUGGCAUCCUGGGAGGGAUUUUCUUCCUCAUGACUGCGCUUUACAUCAAUGAUGACAGAAUGGCAGCUCAGCAGCUGGUGGAAGAUCCUCCCCUGCAAGGUCCUACACCCGAGUCCGCUGUGGAGAUGAACAAUGCGCAGAUCAUAUAAUGCUGGACAACUGCAGCGAUGCAUUUAAUGCUCUUGUUCAUUUGAUCAAAACUAAAAGUGUGGCGAUGGAUGUUGGAAUUAACAAAAAGAGUUUUUUUUUUUUUUUUUUUAAUUACAGUGGUGUAGAAACAUAAACUGUCUUCAAGAAGCAUUUCACCAUGUUAACAUUCUGUACCACGUUACUCAAGAGGGAAGACAGGACAGACGGAUAUACAGUAGUUGAGAACAGAAUAUAUGUUGACACAUUGUUUUGCAUUUUGAAUAAAUUGAACAAAAAAUG